AUGGAUCCGGAAACUCUUGACGUCCUCAUCGUCGGCUCCGGCAGUGCCGGCCUUACCGCCGCCCUCUGGCUCAGCAUCUAUAACCAUUGCCACCCAUCCACCAAGACGAAACCCAUACGCUACCGUGUCCUCGAACGCCGCGACGCGCCCAUGUCCAUCGGCCAAGCUGACGGUAUCCAAUGCCGGACGGUCGAAAUCUUUGAGUCCCUAGACCUAAGUGAGGACCUGCUGCGCGAAGCGUACCAUGUCCUCGAAGUGGCUUUCUGGUCGCCUUCCCCUAACUCCGUGUCGCAUCCCGACGGAAACGCCAGAAGAGGGAUCAUCCGCAGUAAUCGCGCGGCUGACACGGCGCAGGGACUGAGCCACAUGCCGCAUUUGAUCCUCAACCAAGCGCGGGUUAAUGGGCUGUUGUUGGAAAGGAUGCAGAAAUUGGGAGGCGAGCAGAUCGAGUAUGGGUGGACCGUCAACAGAGUCGUGGUGGAUGAGGACAUGGCGGCCAGGGAUCCAGAAGGGUAUGCUUGUACCGUGGUCGCGACAAAGGACGGUGGUGAGGAGAAGGUCUUCAAGGCAAAGUAUGUCCUGGGCUGCGACGGUGCGCACUCUGUCGUGCGCAAAUCCCUGGGCUACAACAUGAUCGGGGAUUCCACGGAUGCCGUCUGGGGCGUCAUGGACAUCUACCCUCAGACUAACUUUCCUGAUAUCCGAAGAAAAGUCACCGUCCACAGCAAUGCCGGCUCUCUCUUGGUAAUUCCUCGCGAAGGAGGCUCCUUGACCCGCUUUUAUAUCGAGUUCCCGACGGGGACGAAUGUCAAGGAGGUCAAACUCGGGGAUUUGCAUCAAAAGGCCAAGCAGAUCUUCUACCCCUAUGAGAUGAAUUUCGCAGAUACAUUUUGGUGGAGCUGUUAUAGCAUCGGGCAGAGACUGGCUAAUAACUUCACCAAAGCCAAUCGUGUAUUCCUGACAGGCGAUGCCUUUCACACCCAUUCGCCAAAGGCGGGACAGGGCAUGAAUGUCAGUCUCCAAGAUGGAUUCAACCUCGGUUGGAAACUGGGGCAUGUGUUGACGGGUCAGGCGGGCUCGGAGCUGUUGAAGACGUAUACUCUCGAAAGGGGAAAGACAGCAGCCGACCUAAUUGCCUUUGAUCGGUACUUCAUGAAGUUGUUCGCAAGCAACAAGGCCGGCAGCGAGAAAAAGAUUACCCCAGAAGAGUUCAGAGAGGGGUUCAUCAAGUCCGGGAGGUAUACCGCUGGGUUGACGUCGAAAUAUGAGGAUUCCAGCGUCACAUCCAGUGCCGCAAGCACCCAAGAACUCGCGAAAGAAAUUGUGGUUGGCAUGAGACUCCCUAGCGCCCAGGUGGUUCGAUUCUGCGACGUCAAAGCGAUGCAACUGGUGAGGGCCUUGAAGGCAGACAGUCGAUGGCGCGCGAUAUUCUUCGUCGGCAGAAUUGGGGAGCCAGAAACAUUGGCGAGAUUAAACAAGAUCGCCAAGUACAUGGACUCUCCCGACGGUCCAGCCCACAAGUACACUGCGCCAUCGGCGGACAUUGAUAGCUUUAUCGAGCCGAUUGUGUUAUUUGCCGGAGAGCGCAUGAAACUGGAACAAGAGCAAAUCCCUGACUAUUUCUGGCCUGUAACUGGAAAGUGGAGAAUGCGAGAUCUGCACAAAGUAUUUGUCGAUGACGAGCACUACAAUUCUGGUCAUGGCCACGCGUAUGAGAAGCUGGGAAUAGAUCCGGACAAGGGUGCAACAGUGAUCGUGCGUCCUGAUCAAUACGUCUCGAAGGUGUUGCCCAUCGACGACACGGAAGGCAUCGGUCAAUUCUUUGACGCAUUCUGUCUGCCCAAGCAGGGAAAUGGUGUUCAUGACAGCCCUUUAUGA